AUGGUAAACAAAAGAGAAAGCUCCAACUCUUACGUUGACGGUAACAAAAAAGUGAAGCUUGACAAUGGCAAAAAAGAGGACAUCGCCAUUGACUCUGAAUUGUUGGGCGACCAGUCCUCCUACACCAAUUCGGGCAAUCAAGAUCAGAACGAUGUGAAGGACGAGGAAGCGGCUGUCGCAGCUGCUGCUUCUUUGGUGUCUGAGGCUGAUCCUGCCAAUGCUGCAGCCGCUGCUUUGAGCCACCAACAGCAGUCCCAUCACCACAAUCAUCAUCACCAGCAGCAGCAACAACAACAGCAACAACAGCAGCUGCAUGCCUUGCACCACAGAAUGUACGAGAAUGCCUAUGGCUCUCUGGUGCACGCUGCUGCCAGCCAACAGCAUCACAGACCCGACCUGACGAUGUUGCAGCCUACCACUUUGCCUCCCGUUAACAACAGCAAGCCUCCUCAUGGUUCUGACGAGUGGCACCGUGUCAGACGCGAAAACCACAAGGAAGUCGAGAGAAGAAGAAGAGACUCUAUCAAUGCUGGUAUCAAGGACUUGGCCGCUUUGAUUCCUACUCCUGACACUAACAAGGCUCAAAUUUUGCAAAGAGCGGUGGAGUUUAUCAAGAGGUUGAAGGAAAACGAAAACAACAACAUUGAGAAGUGGACUUUGGAGAAGUUAUUGACUGAACAAGCAGUCAGUGAAUUGAACGCUUCCAAUGAGAAGUUGAAGGCUGAGUUGGAGAGAGCCUACCGUGAAAUCGACUCCUUGAGAAGACAGCUUGACGAGAAGCAGUAA